GUUACAGGAAUCUGAUAAAAUUUGCCCUGGAAAUUCUGCAUAUUGAUGUCCUCCAAACCUGCACGUUGACGGGCUGCACAUUUCCUUGGGUGAUGAAUCCCCACAUCAUUAUUUUCCUACAGCUAAUUCACAUGGUCACAGGCCAGUUUAAAAUCAUCCCUCCUGACAACCCUGUCAUUGGGGUCGUUGGAACAGGAGUCAUCCUGCCCUGCCAGCUGGAAGCUAAAACCAUCUCCGAGCGACUUUCUAUCCAGUGGAUAUUUGCUACAAACUCCGAAAAAAUUGAUGUGAGCAUCUACGAUGGAAAAAACACACAAGAUCCAGUUACGGAAGACAAGAGAUACCAGGGCAGGACGAGUUUCUUCCAUACCGAGUUUGACAAGGGAAAUGUGUCCCUCUACCUGAGGAAUGUCACGGUCUCUGACAAGGGGAAAUACACGUGCAGCGUCUUCUUCGAGAACUGGUACGAUGAGGUGGUGGUGGAGCUCUCCGUGGCUGCCACAGGUGAUGGGUCAUCCGUCUUUCUGGAUGGUCAUGUGGGUCAGGGCAUUGGCCUCACUUGCAAGUCCAAAGGAUGGUUCCCAGAGCCCAGAGUCGUGUGGCUGGACAGCAAAGGAGAGAUACGAAAGGAGGAAGCGAUCACCCAAAACGUGAGGACAUCUUCAGGGGUUUUUGACAUCAUAAGUUCCAUGAACCUAGAACCCAGAUCUGACACGGAGGUGUCCUGUAGAGUGGUCAAUGACCUACUCAACACAGCAUGUGAGUCCCGAGUCCUGAUUUCAGAUACCUUCUUUCCUUCCACUUCACCUUGGAUGACGGCCUUCCUUGUGCUCUUGUUUCUCAACGCAGUUCUUAUUGGUGCUAUGGCUUAUAAGCUUAAGAAUCGAUACCGGGUUGAUUUGGAUUUCUGGGAAGCUCAGAAUCGUGCAGUACCCAUCACUAUGAAUCCAGACUAG